AUGCAGGCUUAUCGUAUCGAAAACAACGACGAUUAUGACCCCACUUCACGUCCCGAAGAUGGCGAUACUCCUUACGGGACGGAUGAAGACAUCUACAGCGAUGAAGGCGAUAGCGAUGACAGUGUUGAAAGGUAUCGCCAUGAUGGUCGAGGAAAUUAUCCAGGUGCAGUGUCUUCGCCACGUCAGUACGGAAGUGACCUCAUACAAUGGAAGAACGACUUGCUAGAGGAUCUCGAAAUGGAAGAAAGUGAGGCAAUCAAAGACAUGUACGAAUACUGGGAGAGCUUCGACGCGCCCAGCUGGGUGGGUGCCUCCUCCGAGUCUGAGCACUUAGAUGGACCUGGCAUCAAGGGUAUGGAAUUAGACGCGAACGAUACAAUUCGUACAGCUACGCGAACUAUCUCAGCAUUGAGAAGGCAGAUCAAAGCAUUAAAAAUCGAAGAAGCAAGAGCGCGACAGCGCAAGAGAGACGUCCGGCGCGAACACCUUCCGUUAGCUCUCUCGGCGUUCACCGCCUCAUGGAGUCGCCCCUUCUUCGAGCAAAUGCAACGGCGUUUGCCUCGUGAAGUUCGCGACAUUGUAUACGCAUACGUCUGGGACGACAAGACACUGAAAGAUACUCGUAUAACAUAUCAUCCUAAGUGGAAUUGCUCUGGGGGCGACAUAGAUUGCGACACUCUAGUAAAAACGCAUCACCCGGGAACAGUGGACAGCUGCCCUAAACAUGGACAAAUUCCAUACUUUAUGAGACCUGGAUUCGUAGGGGAUGCAUCGGCCUUGGAGAUUGUCGAAUUCUGGUACAAGUCGAUCUCAAGAGUAAAACCCGACAUAUGGGAAUUACGAACCACAGACGAACUCGACUACGUUAUCCGUGGCGACGCCUUCUCUGUCGGUUUGGAUACUACAACUGUUGUGCGCAAGUUGACACUCAGGCUUACUACCGACGGAUUCCUAAGGAACAAGGGCAAGGACACCAGCGAAUCGAAACGAACUGUCGACGCGCUGCUCCAGAUAAAGAAUAAGGCGAAUUUCAAACUAAGGCUGCGGUUGGAGCAGUCAUACCUCCAACUCAAUCCCUGGUUCACCGUCUUCGACAUCUUCCGACCCAUGAUCGAAAAAUUUGAGGAAGAAGGCGCGGACGUAAGGCUGCUUCUUGUCUACGCCCAAGAUCUUAAACCGAAAUUGGUGUUCAACAUGCUCCCCGCGUUGAAGAAUCCCGAAUCCAACUGGAGAGAGGAAGCCGCUCGUCACUUCGACAGUGAUUCCCGCGUACGCGAGCAUCACAAACACUAUCGCAUCGAAAACGACGCAGACUACGACCCGCGGGAACUUAAGAGCAGGGACUACAGCGAGGACGACUGGGAGUCAGACGAUUACCUAGGCUAUGAAGAAACUGACUCUGACCGCGAUGAACAUGGCAAAUCUAUUUCUCCGGAACCUCCAUGGACCCCUUAUGAGCCGCCGCGAUAUUAUGGAACUAUGUUUAGAGAGGAUCAGAUUGAAGAGGGGUAUGAGCUGGAUAGCGCGAGUGAGGGGGAUGACUAG